AUGGAUCCCGUGGAUCUUUCCUCUGAUCUUGGGUUUGAUCACAAACCCGAACUUCCAGUCGCCGUUUCCUUGGUUGGGGGAAGAUAUUUACUUUUCGAUAUCAAGACAGCCACCUAUCUUCGUCGAGAACACCGAAUUUGUGGCGUUACUAUUGGAACGCUUCCACUGAGUCCCUCUCAGAAUCUGUUCCUUGGUGUUCCAGUGGAAAUUAUGCCUGAAGAUGCCCAGUUCCUUGUUGAAAAGGGCAUUGGCUUCAUUGUAGACGACGCACGACUCCAUGAUCAGGCGAUUCAUUUUGCCGACGCAGCGAAGCGCGCUGAUUAUCUUGCAAGACUACGGAAACAGUCCAGACAAUUCGAGGAGCUCCGAGCCCGGGAAAAGUCGCAGUUACGGAAACGUGCAUUGCACAAGCGAUCCCAGAACUCAGCCGAGGCCUCCUCGUCAACUCCAUACCAGGAAAAUAGUGAUCUACUGGAUUUCAACGAUGAUGAAAAUAUGAGGUCUGCUCCAGGAGAAAGUACGAGUGUUGAGGAGGGAGCAACUCUGUCUUCCGAUCCACCAGUCCAAAUUCUACCCCAGACUGGCGGGUCGAGCAAGUUUCAAGUAACGCCCGCGACAUCUCGUCUUCUUCUUCCGACCCCCCCAUCGAAUUCCGUGCCAAAUAUAAACGACCUGCCGAGUUCAUACCCUUUGUACAGAUAUCUUCAUGACAGAGGUUUCUUCAUGACAUCUGGGCUGCGAUUUGGUUGUCAAUACACCGUCUAUCCCGGUGAUCCUCUUAGAUUUCACUCCCACUUCCUCGCGGUAGGAGUUCAAUGGGAUGAAGAAAUUGACCUGAUGAAUAUUGUGGGUGGAGGGAGACUUGGUACAGGGGUGAAGAAAAGUUUCCUGCUCGGCGGUGCAAGUCCAACGGGAGAUGUUCGAACCUUCAGUGUCGAGUGGGCCGCGAUGUGA